UGUUGCACUUUUACUCAUCCCUUAACUAUCUAUCUACCUUCCACAUUCUUUUUACAUCAUUCCAAUCUCUCUCUCUCUCUCUCCCUCGUUGGCUUAAUUAUCCAUCUAUUCUCAAGUCCCCUCAUCUUUUCUCCAUCUCAGAUGGCUACCAUCUCCCCCGAAGAACCUCCCCAGCCUCUAACAUAUCAGACAUGGGUUUUGAAAGUCUCCAUCCACUGCGUUGGCUGCAAGCGAAAAGUCAAGAAAAUUCUUCAGAACAUUGAUGGCGUUUAUACUAUAACAAUAGACUCGCAGCAACAAAAAGUGACGGUCACAGGGAACAUAGAUGCAGAAACACUAAUCAAGAAGCUAGUGAAAACAGGGAAACAUGCAGAGAUGUGGCCUGAAAAUCCUGCCGCCAAGGAGAAAAAGCCCGAAAAGCCCAAGAACGAAGAGGGUGAAAAAGAUGAAAAUAGUAGUGAUGAAGAUGAAGAGAAUCCAAAUGAACGUCCUCAAGAAGAAGUUAAGGUGAUCAACAACGUCAAAGAAGGGGGGCCCACCGUCAUGUUCUGCCCCGGCAUGCCGGAAAAUCACCCCUCCGGCAACAAACCGCCGGCUGCCGAGCAAAAGCCAGGUGAUCAAAGUAGUGGUGGCACUGGAGCUGGUGGAGCUAAGAAAAAGAAGAAAAAGAAAAAGAAAGGGCAAAAUAGUAAUAAUCCUAAUCAGGGUGCAAAUACUAAUGGUGGGGUGCAGAACAGCGGAACAGGGAAUGUUAUUGUGGGUCCCCCUCACGUGCAUGAUCAAGUAAAUAAUGGCCCUCCGAUUCCAUAUCCACAUCAGUAUCCCACAAGUUGUGGGCCUCAACCAGUGUAUGUGAUGAGUUACCAUACUUCGCAGCCUAGGGUAAGUGCUGGUCCAAGCUACUAUGUGCAAUCCUCACCGUACACGUGUUCGAGUUAUGCUGAGCCUGAGAUGAUCAACAUGCGGACCACACCGUCCGAUUCAUCUUUCGAGAUAUUUAGCGAUGAGAAUCCUCAUGGGUGCUAUAUCAUGUAGAUGGAUGGAAUGAAUAUUGAAAAUGUUGUAUGGUGAAGUUUCUAUAGUCUACCAAUUUGUAGCUAUUUGCAUGUAUGGAACUAUGAUGUCCUAUUUUGACUCUAAUGCUAUAUUGCUAUGAUUAUUUAUCUAGAUUUAAACUA